AUAUGUUUAAGUUUAAAGCUUUCAAUGUACACAGAUGUAAACACACCUGGAACUAGAGCGACACCUGUACAGGAAACAUGAUUAAUGAGCGAAUUUGGAAUUUCUUAAUGUUACAAAUUUAAUUAACAACCCUUAAUUAUCGGAGAAACCCGUGAGAAAUUCGUGAAAGGUUAAAAUAUGGCUUGUGAGAACAUUGGCAAUUGUGCCUUUGCCUCCUUGAUAUCAGCAUUACUGGUAUUUUUUGGAGUUGGUGUAUACUGUGGAACACUGUACAGAGCAUUACAGAUCUUUAUUACACAGAUUCUGGAGGAUAUAUUUGGAUUUAAUGUACCAUGGCUAGAAGUCAUACAGAUUGUUUUUGUUGUCAUAGGUGUUGUCAUGGGAAUGUUUGCAAUUCUCCUUUUGGUGUUUGGUUUCCUAGCAACAGGGGCUACCAGAAAGAAUGUUUAUUCUGGUAACAAAUGCAUUAUGGGUGGAAGAGUAUCUGCUGGAUUUUUUAUGAGUAUAUCAUACCUACUAAAUCUGGUAUGGAUUGGUAUGUUAGGAGUGGGCGUCGUCCCUGUUGUGGCAUACCUGAUGGUGUCAUCCAGGUGUGAUAAUAGUGUGUACAACAAAUAUCAGACUGGUCAAGGGACAUGUAUCAAUCUUAACCACUAUGGAAUUUAUAGGAAUCAAAGUUACAUUGCUAUUGGACAGUUGCCUCCAGGAAAAGAAAGUAUCUGUGACGCUAAUGACCUGAGGAGGUUAUGUGAUAAGAUUGCUGAAGCAGGGCCUUUGUUUUGUGUGGCAUGUGCUGGAGCUAUUGUAAUUAUUAUGGGAAUGACAAAUUUUCUUCUAACCCUUGCCACAAACUACACACGAUUAAAGAUCUCCAAAGAGCUAACAGAGUACCGUGACGCUGUGGACAUGGAAGAAUUAGAACUUAACAGUCGUGAUGGAGGAUCAAGAUGACAGCUUACAGCCCACCCAGCUCAUUAAAAUUCACAUUUUAUCUCAUAAAUAUUCAUGAUGUCUCUUCUGACUCUUUCUAGACUUUUGAUAAGUUUUAUGUAAUUUUAUGUAAUUUAUUUGCAUGUUUUGAUAAUGUGUAUUUUCAUCAUCACAUGAAUGAAGUCAUAGACAUUUUAUUGUGCCAUUUUAAUCAGUAUAUUAUAUUUGCAUAAGCUUUUAUGAGGCUUAUUUUUACUUUUAAUUUUUUUUCUAUAGAUCAAAUAAGUUUUAUGCUGGAUUGAUUGUGGGUAUUCUAUAAACAUUUCUUUUUUUAUAUAAAUUUAGCAUUUUUUCUUACUAGUUAAUCAAAUAACUUUAUAGCUGGAUAAUUUCAAAGUCUUGAAUUUCUUGAACAACUUGUUCCCAAAUACUUGGGUAACAGACAAAAAUAUUUAUAAAUUAUAUUGUAAAGGGUCUAAGUUUCCAUAGCUUUUGUCAAUGUCUAUAUUUUUCAUUAAAGACCAGGCACAAAAUAAUUUUGCUAAGCUGUUCUGUCAGGGUUGGCAAAAACCCAUGUUUUAUGAGUAUUGCCCAGCUCAGUGGGAAAUUCUGGGAAAACCCCGGGUUUUACUGGGUUUUAGUGGGUAAUACUGGGUAAUAUAAAAUACUAGCCUAAAUUUUUCAGAGGAUUCAGUGAUCAAACACAAAUGUUAUACACUUCAGAUAUAUUAUAACCUUUUUUGUUUGUCUGGAUUGGUAAAACUGUAAAUCAUAAAGCCAAAAUUUUUUUUUAAAAUUAAAUAUAACAUGUAUAACAAUUACAUGUAAGAAAAAUUCCAUUUAAAAAAUGUAUACAACUCUAGUCACUAAUUAAUUAGUAAUUAUUUUGAUUAAAAUGCAGAUUUGUUUAUGUAACAAUAAUCAGCCCUUUCAAUUUUAUAGUGUUUAACAUAAAUGACAUGUUUAUUUAGCAAUAUGACAAAUGUAUGAGUGUAAAACAUUUGAAUUAUCAAUUCACUUAAACAUUGCAAUAAAUUUUUUUUCAAAGUAUGGAUUAUUGAAACAAUGCUUGGUAAUUAACAAGGUUUCAUUAAAUAAGCAAAUCUUGUAUACCGGCUACAUAGAAGAGAAUGAAAUUAAAUUUUUCAUUCUUUUAGAAAUGACUGUCAAUGAAUAUCUGUAUAAAAAGUAUAUAUAUAUAUAUAUAUAUAAAGCUGUAAUACUAUGAAACUAUACCAAAACUUUACUAUUUUGUGUUAAAAUAAGCUUAAAAAAUCAUAUUGCCCAGUAAUGCCCAGUAUUCCCAAUUUCUGGGAGUAUUGCCCAGCCCGGGAAAACCCGGGUUUUCCCACCCGGGAAUUCCCGGGCGGGUAAUACUAUGCCAACCCUGUGUUCUGUAUCUUUUCCUUACUCUUGAUUGUUUUUAUACUUGUUAUAAUAAGAAUUUAUUUUUCGAAGAAACUGAGUUUAUGCAGAUUUACAUAUGAUAACAGAGCAUGGUGGGCAUAUUAAUUAACAAAAACUAAUUGUAAAGAUAUAUUAACAUCUAUUGUUAUUUACAAGAAUCAAAACAUCUUUUUAUGGACGCAUGUCCGCUAUUGUUUAUUUUAGAUUGAUAUUGUAAAAUUCUUGACUGGAUGAUCUUCUGUUAAGUUUGUGUAUAGUAUAAACUUGGCUUUAGCCCUUUGAAAUGAUAGUGUUUAGGGUUGAAAGUGUGGUGAUGGUAAGGGAUAGAGAUAUCAAUAAACUAUAAAAAUAUACCACUUGGCAUAAAACAAAAUUUUUCAAUCAAAUUCUCUCAAGUCAUGACUAUAAGUGAACAUACAAUCAAUAUAAAAUCAUCAAAUUAUUUUUUGAAAAAAAAAGUCACUUAAUCUCAUUUUACAAAGAGAAUGCUAAUAUCAUUCAUAUAACAUUAAUUAUACAUAUCAGACAAUACAUAUCUACACUGGGUGUAUAUUUCAUUAACAUACAUAUCAAUUUGUUGCAUAUCCAAAUAAAAGUGAUGAACUCCCUAAAUGCAUUUUGUUAAAAAAAAAAUAUGUCUCUAUCAAUUUUUGAAUGGUUUAACAUAUGUAAUAUAA